AUGACAUCCACAGCAUAUACUGUGGCCUUUCAGGGCGAAAAUGGUGCAUACAGCGAGCAGGCUACCUAUGCACUCUUGGGCAGAGAAGGCAUUCAAGCCGUCGGUUAUCAGUCAUUUGAUGACGCAUUUGCUGCCAUCAGCGAUGGUAAAGUGCAUUUGUUAUUGGUGCCAAUUGAGAACACCCUUGGUGGCACAAUACACGCCAAUUGUGAUUUGCAGUUGCAGCACAAUCUCUUUAUAAUCGCGGAGCACAACCUGCGAAUCCGGCACUGCCUUAUGGCACUACCUGGGUCCAAAAAGGCAGAUUUGCAGAAAGUAAUUUCCCAUCCACAAGCCCUUGCCCAAUGCAACUCCUAUUUGAAAUCCAACGAGCUGGUGGGUGAAGCUGCGUAUGACACAGCUGGCAGCGCCAAACUGAUUUCUGAAGGCAAGCUGAAAGGAGUUGGUGCUAUUUGCAGUGAACUUGCUGCAGAGCACUUUGGCCUCGAGAUUCUCGAAAAAGGCAUUGAGGAUGACCAGAACAAUUUUACGCGGUUCAUCCUUCUUCGACCGCAUCCGGUUCACAUACCCCCUGGCCUUCCUUGCAAAACGUCCAUUGUGUUCUCCUUGGACAACAUUGCAGGAGCUUUGUUCAAAGCCCUGUCUGUAUUCGCUUUGCGGGACAUUGACCUUUCCAAGAUCGAGAGUCGUCCAUGCAAGACGGACAUCAUGUCCAAGCUGGAACGCCUCUAUUUGAGCAUGGCAGGUGGCGAUGUUACCCGAGCCAAGCGAACAAAGUUGAGUGAUGAAAAUCGCUUCCGCUACUUGUUCUAUGUGGACUUUCUGGCUUCGGUAGAAGAUCUGAAUGUGGCCAAUGCUUUGCGCCACCUGCAAGAGAUGACUACCUUCUUCAGGGUGCUUGGCUCCUUUCCGCGGGCUGGAUCGGUGGUUGGCCUGGAACACCUUGGAAAUCGAAUUGCUCUUCCCUUGAAUCCAUCCAAGCCACCGAAGAAAAGAAUUGGAGUCCUGGGCUUUGGAACAUUUGGACAGUUUAUAGCAAAAAAGCUUGCCUCAGAACACGAUGUAUUCGCCUCCAGCCGGGAAAACUACUCAAGCAUCGCUUCAAACUGUGGUGUGACAUGGUGCAACACACUUGAUGAACUGCUGGCCCAGCAGCUUGAGAUCCUCAUCAUUUCAGUCAGCAUACUGAGCUUUGAUAGCAUAGUGCGACGAAUUUGCAGCAGCAUUGCUGCCAAAGACUCUGGCGAUUCGUCACAUCGAUUGCUGGUGGUUGAUGUGCUCUCCGUAAAGGUGCAUGCCAAGACCACCUUGCUUUCCCUUUUGCCUGAGAGCUGCGAUAUCCUUUGCACACAUCCAAUGUUUGGCCCACAAAGUGGCAAGCAUGGCUGGGCCGGCUUGCCUUUUGUAUUCGAGCGCGUAAGGCUAAACAAUGCAAGGAGAUGUGAAGACUUCCUUAAAUGGUGGGAGCGGCAAGGAUGCCGAAUGGUCGACAUGACAUGCGAAUUGCAUGAUGAAGUGUCAGCUGGCAGCCAGUUUGUUACUCACCUGACUGGGCGAAUCCUAGAACGCUUGUCCUUGCGGACGACGCCUAUCAAUACGAAGGGCUUCGAAUCUCUUCUGCAGCUUGUGGACAACACAUGUGCAGAUAGCUUUGAUCUAUUCUUUGCGCUUUUCAAAUACAAUCCGAACUCUGCCGAGCAGCUAGCUGCAAUAGAGGGCGCUGUCGAGGAUCGGAUCAAGCCUAUACGCAAGGAUGUGUCAUCAAAGCUGCGCGAUAAAUGCAAAUGA